AAAAAUUUUCUUAUAAAUAAAACUAACCUGUGUGAGAAUUAUUAUUUAGAUCAACUAUUACCCAAAAGAAUUAUGUUUGGGAAAAUUAUACCAAUAUUUACUCAAGUAAUACCAUCAAUUGGUAUCAAAACAGUGAGACAAUUCAAUACAACUUAUACUGCAUUAAAAGGAGUAAGACAAGUACCUUGGAAAAUUGAUCAUACUAAAUGGCCAAUGACACCCAUCAGAAGAAAAAUGCGUGAUAAUUUUCCGUAUCCCAAUGAGGUGAAAAGAGUAAGGACUCAUGGAUAUCAAACAAGAAUGUCUACACUCCAUGGACGAAAAAUAUUAAUGAGGCGUAUUUUAGCCGGUCGCUUUAUCCUUUCGCAUUAGAUAUUUAAAUAUAUUAAGCCAUUUAUCAAAUUUUAUUAUUAAU